GGGCCAACUAGUACGCAGGUUUCUGGCGUCCAGUGCAUACGUCGGUCGGGGCUAGAGCGAACCGCGGCCGCAAGAAUGACGCGUGCCGUACUAUUUAUUAGUGUUUUUACUAUAUUUUUGGAGGUCCUGCAUGCUAGCCAGGCAACCAGCGGCGCGGAGCCGCAGGUAGCGGUGCUGUGCGAGGCGGGCGCGACGUACCACCCCCAGUACAUGUCCGCCGCCGGCAGGUGGACACCCGACCUCACCACCAAACCCCACAAUUGCCUCAAGGACAAGAUGGAGAUACUCGAUUACUGCAAAAAGGUGUACCCGAGCCAUGACAUCACCAACAUCGUCGAAGCCUCCCACUACGUGAAGGUCAGCAACUGGUGCAAGCUCGGCUCCAACAACGCCGCCAAGUGCAAGGUUACCCGAUGGGUGAAGCCUUUCCGCUGUCUUGAAGGUCCAUUCCAAUCGGACGCGCUGCUGGUACCUGAGAGCUGCCUGUUCGACCACAUCCACAACCAGAGCCGCUGCUGGCAGUUCUCCAGGUGGAACGCCACUGCUGGCCGUGCGUGCGCCCAACGCGGUCUCCGGCUGAGGACCUUCGCAAUGCUCCUUCCCUGUGGCAUCAGUCUCUUCUCUGGCGUCGAAUUCGUCUGCUGCCCUAAACACUUCAAAGAAAACGCAAAGAUGCACAAGCCCAUGGACGUCGGAGUACCAGUGAGCCCUGGUGGUGAGGAGAUGCUGGCCGCCUCCGCUGCUAUGGACGAGCGUGACGAUGAUUUGCUAGAUGACGAAGACGCCCUCGGUGAUGACGAUGAUGACAGCCUGAACCUGAGCGACGAUGAUGAUGAUGACGACGCUGAUGAUGAUAUGGACGAAGACGAAGACGCCGAUUUGUCUCGUGACGACGACGCGGAGGACGACGAUUACACCGACGCCGACGAUUCCGCCUGGCCACACCCCGAGUCCUCCUCGUCUCCGUCUACUACUACCACUACAUCUACUACUACUACCACUACUACGGCUUCUACCGCUACUUCUGAUCCCUACUUCUCUCACUUCGACCCGCGAACUGAACAUCAGAGCUACAAAGAUGCCCAGCAACGCCUUGAGGAAACCCACCGCGAAAAGAUCACCAAGGUGAUGAGGGAAUGGUCGGAACUGGAGGACCGUUACCAGCAAAUGAUGACUUCUGACCCGGCGUCAGCUCAGACCUUCCGCCAGCGCAUGACUGCUAAGUUCCAGGCUAAUAUCCAAUCUCUGGAAGAGGAGGGUGUGGCGGAACGUCGUCGUCUCGCGGCUCUGCACCAACAGCGUGUGUUGGCCCACCUCGCCCAGCGCCGCCGCGCCGCACUCGCCUGCUAUGCUCGCUCGCUGAGGGAUACGCCACCUAAUGCUCAUCGCGUCCAGAAGUGUCUACAGCGGCUGGUGCGAGCUUUGGCUGCGGAGCGGAGCGGCGCGCUGGCGGCGUGGAGACGCGCGGCUGCGGCAGGCAGAGAGGCGGCAGCUGCUGAGAGAGCCAGUGCUGCUGAUAGGCUGCAGGACGCUGACCGUGCCCUCCAACGUGCUUUGACCUCCCUCCGCCGACGACCGCACCUGUACGCCAGCAUCGGUACUGCCAUUGAAGACUACGUUCAGUCUAUGCAAUCCAAGGACGACAUGGCGGUGUCGCUGAUGUCCAUGACCCCUGAGGCUGAGGAGCUGCUGCUGGACCGCAUCGAGGCGGAGGUGCAGCGGGAGCAGGCAGCACGAGACCAGCUCAACGCCAAGCGGGACCAGAGGACCAGACAGCGACAGGAUAUACAGAACGAGCGGGCACGGACAUCCAACGGUGUGAAAGAGAGCGAGGAAAUCGACGACGAGGCGAGCGAGACGAACGACACUGACGAUACGACGCUGACGCCGCGCACGUCGCCGGCGCCGUCACCGUCACCGUCCAGCGUCACCCCGCGUGACGUCACCACACGAUCAGCUUACACGCAGGAGACUACUACCACUGAGUUCAUCACCAGCACGAUGACUGAGGCGCCGGAGAGCGAGACCGAGACCGGCGAGAUCAGCGAGACCUCCAGCCGACGGUCCACCAGCGAGCAACAAACGGAGGGCGAGGGUCUGCGAGCGGCGUUGGAGCAGGCUGAGGAGCGCGCGCCGCCGCCGCCGCCGCCCGCGCACGCGCUCAAACACGAGCUGCAGCACUCGCAGCCUGGCUUCACCAUCCGCGCAUCGAACGUGGAAGGCAGCGGUUCCGGCGCGUUAUACCCGGCACUGUGCGUCGGCGGCGCGGCGCUCGCGGCGGCCGCGGCGGUCGCGCUCGCCGUCGCCAGGCGCCGCGACCGCGCACCGUCCGCGCAGGGCUUCGUACAGGUGGAACAGACCAGCGCCGUAGCCCCCACUCCCGAAGAGCGACAUGUAGCCAACAUGCAGAUCAACGGUUACGAGAAUCCCACCUACAAAUACUUCGAAGUGAAGGAGUAAAUUGUAACCCUCCCGCCAGGCCCGUCACAGAGUAGAGCGUAGAAGAACUGACUAUCUACUUCGCUUCCUUCUAUUCCGGUGUGUUCUUGUGAGUUUUUGAAGAGAAAGUGACGUCAGCGCCAUCUAUUGAAUCUCAACGGUAUUUUUCUGAGUGUUCUACAAUUUUUUUUAAUUAUCACAGGUUUCCUUACAUGGUUAUUUUAUUUCUAUUAUAACUUAUGUCUAAGACAUAAGAUAUCGAAAAUAGAAGUGAAAUAACUAUGAAACUUGAGUGAUUACAGCGCUAUCUCUUCAGAUUCUUUGGCGCCAUCUGUUGGCAGUUGAGGUAGUUACAGCCCAUCGAAGGCUCGAAAGAACAAGGGAAUAGAAAGUAUUGAUUUGUGAUGUGUGAUAGGAGCCCCUUAGUCAGGGUACUAACCCUGCACCCUAUAUCUAUGUCCUUAAGUAAUUAUUUAUGGAAUGAAUGUGUGUGGCCCCCCGUAUUCUUUAUAGAUCGUGACGCGAGCCUGGUGGAGCUUUUUUUAAAAAUAUUCCAGUAAUUUGUUUAAUACUUGAGUUGGCACCAAAUUAUUUAAGUUUAAGUUUAGUUUUUAGUCGUAGCGUUUAUAAGUGUCACCUUGUAGACUAAUUAAGUUCUCGAAGCCGAGUCUCGUGCGAUAGCGUGCGGUGUUUUCACACGUUACUUUCUUAACACUAUAAUUUUUUGAUCUCAAUUCGUAGUAAGUUAUAUUGCACUUUUGGCCGCCGUCUAUCGCGCGAGGCGGAACAAACGUCCAUAGUACGCUGUGUAUAUACUCCGCGUACAGAUUUGAACCUAAAAUUCUUACUCUAAAAGCCCGCUUUCUUUUUCUAACGUAGCUAGAACAUAACGUAAAUUUUAUGUAAUAAAAUGCGAAAAUAUAUUUUAAUAAUUACUUGUACUUAGCAACGGGAAAGGCAUAGCCGGCGCGGGCAAACACUAGCCUAUUAGAACUCUUCUAGAUACUUCUCUUUGAUUUUGUUUUCUAUUUAGAAGUUUCCUGUCUAUCGUUCGGUUGAUCUGUCUCGUUUUUCGGUUUGCCCGCGGGAGAAUACUCCUGAGUUCCCGAUAAGUAUCGACCGUACUCAUCGUGUGCCGGUGGAACGGUAGAAGCGGAGAUGUUCGCAAUCUAGUCAUACGUAUGGAGGCCGGGGCGCGCACUUUGGGUACCGGUUUCGCAAGCAGAUUAAGCUUAGUGAGUGUAUGUACGGUUAUAUAUAAGUAGAUGUACAAAAAGUAAUACAUUAUAUAGAUGUUUUAGCGUCAGAUACAUAGAUAUAAAGCAAAUAUAAUUAUAUAUCGCAUUCGUCCGUUUAAUGUAAGGGCUUGCGCUCGUGUCUACCCCACGUACCACACUUAAUGUUACGCCGUAGUUAAGAUGUAAUUCUGCCUCAGUAUUAUAUACAUGUAAGCUUAUUUGUUAUAAGCUAAUUUAUAUACACUAAUACUAUUUCUUUACGGGCGCCGAGACGUCGCUACGUUGAGGGAGUCAUAUCAGAUACGUAAGCGCCCUCUGCCGAGCGUUUUUUUCAUCUGCAUUUGCGAGUUUGCGAGCCUCUACGCUUCUCAGGAGCGACGAUAGAUGGCGACGGAGUCUAUGCGAUGAAAAGGACGCGAGCUGGGGGCCCGCCCGUGCUUGUACGGCAUUUUCGUAAUUUAAUUAACACUGUAUAACGUAAGUUUAUCCUGCAUCAAGUAAUCGCUGUAUUCAAUGAAUUAUCAAGCCGACCACAUAUUUUUUUAACAAAACUUUUGCUCAAUAUCAACUCGUCUCGUUGGUCGAUGUCAGCAUUAGUAACAUAAUGGAUGUUCGUAGUUAAACCAAUUUAUGAGUAACGACACUGUUUCCCGUAUUUUGAGAAUAAUAAACGUUUGUAAAUUUGUGUUUUCUGUGCUACAUUUUGUGAGUUCGAAGUUCAAAUUAAAUCAAUAAAUAGGAAUUUCAA